AUGCGGCUUACGUGCUUCCUCGCUCUUACGUGUGCCGUUCUCGAACGCGGUCAUGCUAUCGCGGAGUCCGACCAAGUCGCGCUAGCGUCGGGAAUAGUCCCUGUCUCCCGAAUUCUCCAGCCAAGCGCUCUGUCCGUGGAAGACUCGAGUGAAAAGAAGUCGCUUCGAAGCCGUGAGUCGCCAGAGGAGGAGGCAACGGCAUUCGUUAUCGCGGACGAGGAGCGAGUACUUGAAGCGGCUGAUACUUUAAUACCAUUUCUUGAGAAAGGGGCGAAUAUGGUGAAGAAGAUCUGGAGUAAGCCAUCCCAGGCUUCACCAAUUGAGCUCAAGCUUGAUCAGCUCAAUCUUGACCAGUCUAAACUUGGUCAGCUUAAGCCUCCACACCCUGUGCCCGGUCAGGUUGAGCCUCUCGUGCCGCCACAUAAGAUUUUGAAAAGGACGUCGACAAUGCAACGAUCCAAGCGACUGACGGAUUUGGUUGCAUAUGGGACGGAGAAGGCCACGUCGUCGGGAUUGAAAAGAUCCGGGAGAGUGGCAGAUCUAACUGCAUUGGUUCAAGGGGAGUCCCGUCCGUCGACAUUGAAACGUCCAAGAGAGAAGCAGAUCUAG